AGCGUCCGAGCGGGGUAAUUGCAGGGGCUGAGGGAGCGGGUGGGGGCUGGCGAGGAACCGGCGUCAGCACAACAGCCCCGUGGCACGCAGGGAGGAGUCCGGGGCUCGGCCACCACGGGCCACGUGCCCCCAGCGCGGCCAGCUCCUCCCCGCACUCGCCGGCCCCCAUAAAAGCGUGGUCCUGGGCAAGCGCUGGCAUCCGCUGCUCCUGCCUGGCUCUGCUCGGGAAAAGGGCUCAGCUCUCUCACACCAAGAUGGCUUGCAACGACCUGUACCCGCCGAAAACCAGCGUCGCCGUCCCCCAGCCCAUCGCUGAGAGCUGCAACGAGCUGUGCGCGCGGCAGUGCCCCGACUCGACGGCCUUCAUCCAGCCGCCCCCCGUCGUCGUCACCUUCCCCGGCCCCAUCCUCAGCUCCUUCCCCCAGCAAGCCGUGGUGGGCUCCUCCGGGGCACCCGCCUUUGGGGGCUCCUUGGGGCUGGGGGGCCUCUACGGCGCGGGGGCCACCCAGGGCUCGGGGGGCCUCUGCACCUUUGGCAGGCCCUACGCCUCUCCCGCCUGCAGCCCCUACCUCUUGCCGCGCUACAGCAAGAAGCUGUGGGACACCUGUGGGCCCUGCUAAAGCCAGGCCCGUGCCACCUCUUCUCCUCCUCGUCCUUCCUCCUCCUCUUCACAGACAUGUGACUCCUCCAGUGCUGCCCCCCAGGGCCCUUUCUUGGCCCUGUGCCGGCCACCGCCUGGGAGAAGCCUGAAGGAAGAACGCCUCUCUGCAAGCCCCAGGCACCAGCUGUCUGCCUGGGCCUUGCUCGCGUCUCUGUGCUUGUGUCCUUUCCUGCCUUGACAAUAAAGCAAGCCUGCAUCCAA